AUGUAUCUGGAUGGUGUUCCUAUCAAGGAUUUUGACCAGUUUGUCAGGAAUAGGAACUUAGAAGACCGUUUCUCUACCAAACAACCACCAUCAACAACUACUCCUAUUCCAUCGGCUAAUGAUAUUGCGGCAGCUGUUUAUGACAAACUGAAGACGUCUUUACCAACUUCUAUACCACAGCCCCCAGCGACGGAGAGGAAAUUCCCAGUAACUGAUGAGUUCUCCAGAAAUCUUGAUGUUGCCAUGAUUGAUCCAUCAAGACUUCAAGAAGUGAAUACACUUUUGAGAAGAGCACCGCAGCGAUUUGAAAAUCCUCUUGCUCACGCUCCUGGACCUUUCAUGCAGACUAUUGAUCCAGAAGUUGAUGAAGUUGUGACUAGCCUUCGUACUGGCAGUGUCAUGGAUGUCGAGCGCAUUCGACAAUUGCAAAAUAUUCUUCAAACAUACGAGCAAGGACUACAAACCAAGGAACUCAUUGCUAAACGUAAACAACUGCAGCUUUUGCAAAAUGAGCUGGUGCAACAAAGAAAGAAGAUAGAGGAACAAAGGAGAAUGGAGGAGGAGCUCAGAAAAAAAGAGCAAGAACUCGAGCUACAACGCAGAGCUAUGGAAAUUCAACUACGAGAACAGCUGAAUCAGUGGCAUAACUCCUUCAGUAAUGUCAAAGAUCGUAACUCUCUUCUGGUGCCCAUGGACCUUCCUGAGCUUUCUGCUCCAGCAAGUAGUUUGGUUGCUCAGCCUCCAGCACCAAUGGAAGUGCUCCCAGAAACGAACAAAGUUCCACAUGUGGAAAUCCCGAAAGAGAUUCCAACUAUGCCACCCAUGCCAACUACGGCACCCAUAGUCAUGACACCUCCACCUCUACUAGCACCUAGAAGAUCAGUUUUUGAACAAGAAGCGUAG